AUGAUGCCGUCGACGCGAGCGGAGGUGGACGCGACGGGAGUGGUGGACGACGGCGACGGUGGCGAUGCGUUGGGACGACUGAGACGAGACUUGAGACGCGAACACGGCGCGAUGUACGCGAGGAUGCGAUCGAUGUUGGACGAGGACGCGCGCGAGGCGAGGACGAGAAGACGUCUUCGGCGCGCGUUGGUCGAGGAGUUUCCGGAGUUUGAUGCGUACGCGAUCGAUGUGGCGGUGGCGUGGGACGACGCGCGUUGCGCGACGUUGGCGCGCGGUCUCGUCGAGACGCCGACGGCCGAGGUUCCUUUCGGUGAGAGGUCACCGAUGACUCGAGCGGCGGAGAAGGGGCUCAAGGAGCGUCUGAAGUUCUUGCACGAGCACGGGUGUGCGUGGCAUGAGUGGACGUGCCGGUACGCCGCUGAGAACGGUCAUUUGGAGUGUUUGAAGUACGCACACGAGCACGGGUGUGCGUGGGAUGCAGUGACGUGCAUAUGCGCCGCUGGGAACGGUCAUUUGGAGUGUUUGAAGUACGCACACGAGCACGGGUGUGCGUGGGAUGCAGUGACGUGCAUGUGGGCCGCCAGGAGCGGCCAUUUGGAGUGUUUGAAGUACGCACACGAGCACGGGUGUGCGUGGGAUGCAAAGACGUGCUCACAGGCUGCCAAUAACGGUCAUUUGGAGUGUUUGAAGUACGCACACGAGCACGGGUGUGCGUGGGAUGCGGAGACGUGCAUAUGCGCCGCUGAGAGCGGUCAUUUGGAGUGUUUGAAGUACGCACACGAGCACGGGUGUGCGUGGGAUGCACAGACGUGCUCACGGGCUGCCAAUAACGGUCAUUUGGAGUGUUUGAAGUACGCACACGAGCACGGGUGUGCGUGGGAUGCGGAGACGUGCAUAUGCGCCGCUGAGAGCGGCCAUUUGGAGUGUUUGAAGUACGCACACGAGCACGGGUGUGCGUGGGAUGCACAGACGUGCAUAUGCGCUGCCAUACGCGGUCAUUUGGAGUGUUUGAAGUACGCACACGAGCACGGGUGUGCGUGGGAUGCAGUGACGUGCAUGUGGGCCGCCAGGAGCGGCCAUUUGGAGUGUUUGAAGUACGCACACGAGCACGGGUGUGCGUGGGAUGCAAAGACGUGCUCACGGGCUGCCAAUAACGGUCAUUUGGAGUGUUUGAAGUACGCACACGAGCACGGGUGUGCGUGGGAUGAAAGAACGUUGCAACUGAGUUUCGUUCGUAACCAUUGGAAAUGCGUGUGGUACGCGAUCGAUCACCAGUGUCCGGGAUACAAAAACCACGCUCGCCGUAUGGGACAUCUCGAUUUCCAAUGCGCGGAGACCAUCUUCGUUGUUGGUCUUGCGCUCUCGCACGCGCGAAACGGCUACAUCCCAGAGCGCGAGUAUUACGAUCUCAGGGCUGCGUUCGACCACAUGCGAGAGGAAAUAGCCGUAGAACGACUUCGCACUCUGUACCGGGGUACCGACUUGGUCAUCCACCGACUACGCGUUGCCUAG